UUUAGUCUUCGAGCGCACAUAUUGUCGUAAGCUUGCCUACCCGGAAACAGACGUGCAAUUUGUCUGUUUCUCUUUCAUUUUCUUUGUUACAAUGAAACUGUGUAGUUCUUUGUGUGAUUAUUUAGUAACUGAGCAAGUGACAGUGCUUUGGAUUCUUUAAAUAUCUUGUUAUUACUAAAAGCAUGAGUAAGCGAAAGUUGAUUUGAAGGGUAGAUUAAAAGUCAUAAAAUUGUCGUGCGUCCAGUGUUCUCAGAAAAAUCCUUCGAUUCAGUUGAACAGAGAUCAUCCUCCAAUCACGCAAUUGCUCCCGUCAUUCACAUCAAUGCCCAAGAUUAAAAAGAGAAAAAGCGUUAAAAGGGAGAGAAAUAUCAGAAAGGAGGAUAUUGGUGUACCGUCUAAUUUUUGGCAUGUUGCUCAUGUCGGACGAGAUGCUCCAGAACAUUUUGACAUUGGCACAGUUGAUGACACUGGUCAGCGUCCAGGCCUGUCUUCAAGUAGUUCAGCAGAAUUUUUUCCCUCUAUUUCUCAAUUACAUGACCAAAGAAGAGAUUUGCUUUCCCCAAAGGAGAGUGCAACCAGUGAACACAAUGAUGUAAGUAUAAUAGUGACGUCAGGCCUUUCUUUUCUACAAAUAAAUUUGAAGAUGUAAAAAUGCAAGCAGUAAGUUAUAGUUUAAAAAGAAAACUUAUACAUCUCAUAUUUGAAAUUACUAACACACACAGAUCAUGACAG